ACUCCCAUAAGGCGUUCGUCGCACGGCACGCUAGCAAGGUAGCUCUCCGCACAAAAGCAGAGGUCCCUUCCUCUCUUCCUCUAGCUCCGGCCCUCUCCCUUCCUGUCUACAACUAAAACGAAUUCACCUAGUAAGCCUAUUCUGUCUCCUAAAUCUCUCCCCUCCACCACUUUCACUACUCUGACUACUGAGACGCCAUGUCGGUCAAGAAGCACUGCGACCACCACAAGAUUCACCGACACAAGAUCUUUCGGAGAAUCUGCGCUGGACUCCUCAUCUUCGCCUUCGUCGUCCUGGUGACGGUGCUCAUCGUCUGGGCCAUCCUCCAUCCCAGAAAGCCCAGGUUCGUCCUCCAGGACGCCACCGUCUACGCCUUCAACGUCUCCUCCCCACCGAACUACCUCACCUCCACCUUCCAAGUCACCCUCUACUCCCGCAACCCAAAUGACAAGAUCGGCGUAUACUACGACAGGCUGGCCGUCUACGCCAUCUACCGCAACCAGCAGAUCACCCUCCGUAGCCAAAUCCCUCCCACUUACCAGGGCCACAAGGAGGUCAACGUCUGGUCUCCUUUCAUCUACGGCAACUCUGUGCCAGUAGCUCCGUACAACGCCCUCCAGCUAAGUCAGGACAAGGCCAAUGGUGCGGUGAUGCUCACCAUCAAGAUCGACGGACGGGUCAGAUGGAAAGUCGGGACCUUCAUCUCGGGUCGGUACCAUAUCUACGUGAGGUGUCCCGCUGCUAUAAAUUUUGGAUCGGCCGGGACAAGCGGUACUAUUGGCAUCCAAAAUAGCGGCGUUAAGUACCAGUUAGUGCAGAGUUGCAGCGUUAGCGUAUGAAAAUGGCUCCGCCGGCCGUUGAGUAUUCAGUAUACUACGUCGGGAUUCAGGUCAUGUACUGUGUGAAUUGUACAUUUUGCUGAAGAAUAAACGGAAAAGGUGAAAAGAACAGAUCAGGAAUACGAGACAAAUUAAUAGCAAAAUUACAAUUGGAGACAAGUUGUGUAAUUUUAUCUGAAUUUUAAUUAAGUGUUUUUCAUAUAUAAAAAUAUCAAUUAUUGGGUGCA